UUCGACACCACCCACUUCAGUGUCAUCUGCAAACUUAAUAAUCACGCCUUCUACAUUCUCAUCCAAAUCGUUAAUGUAAAAGGUUUAUAAAGCAGAUAAGAAACCAGAGUAAGACCAUGCCUUCUCAAUGCCAUAACUAUUUGUCAUCAUUCAAAAUGUCCUAAUUCACAUUGUACAAUUUAAUUGCUUCAAAAAUAAAUCAAAAUCAAAGGUGGGUUUUAUGACCAAACACUAAAGAUACUAGCUCACCAAACUGAUAUAAUCUUAAGAUUCAAGAUUCAAGAGAGUUUAUUGUCAUGUGUCCCAGAGAGGACAAUGACAUUCUUACUUUUGCAUCAGCACAACAGAAUAUAGUAGGCAUGAAUACAGAACAGAUCAGUGCGUCCAUAUACCAUUAUAUAAAUAUAUGCACACACGAAUAAACAGAUAAGGUGCAAAUAAACAGAUAAUGGUCUAUUAAUGUUCAGAGUUUUGUUUCAUUUGAGUUUAAUAGCCUGAUGGCUGUGGGGAAGUGGCUAUUUCUGAACCUGGACGUUGGAGUCUUCAGGCUCCUGUACCCUCUGUCUGAAGGUAGCGGGGAGAUGAGUGUGUGGCCAGGAUGGUGUGGGUCCUUGAUGAUGCUGCCAGCCUUUUUGAGGCAGCAACUGCGAUAGAUCUCCUUGAUGGUAGGAAGGUCAGAACCGAUGAUGGAUUGGGCAGUGUUUACUACUUUUUGUAGUCUUUUCCGAUCCUGGGCGCUCAAGUUGCCGAACCAAGCCACGAUGCAUUCUCUACUGUGCACCUGUAGAAGUUGGAGAGAGUCCUCCUUGACAUAGCGACUUUCCGUAAUCUUCUUAGGAAGUAGAGAAAGCUUAUUUUUAUGCUUUAUCUGAUGGGAUAAAUUGCAGACUUGAUUUAAAAAAGUUUUGUAACUUUGCUAUCAUAUGUCCCAAAUUGAAUUGCUGAGAUUUUUUUCCUACGUCUCUACAAGUUCCUCUCUCCUUGGGAGGGAGAACUUUUGGUCCACUUUGUUCCUUAUUAUUCAGUUAAUGUUUUGUAUUUUACAAUCCCUUCAUGCAGAGUGCAAUAGUGUUAUCGGCAGACAGCCAAUUGACAAUUAGAACACUUUCCUCAGAGACACUUUGGAAUCAGGAACCAUCAUUUAAAAUUACAACAUCCCAAUUUAUGAUAAUUAAUCAUUUACAGAGUCAAAGCGUUCCUUGCAAUCCAAGACACAUUCAGGCACAAAGCCUCAGAGGCAGGAUGAUGCCUCAGAAAACCUUUGCUUUGGUGCUUGUCUCCCUCCUGUGUGCUUUUAUUACAAACUGUUCUGGAGCAAAACUGGUGAAUAAUGGAUAUCGAGACAUUGUUAUCGCUGUUAACCCUGGUGUUUUUGAUGAAAACCUUAUUGAGAGCAUUAAGGAAAUGAUGUAUGAUGCUUCUGCCUACCUACACCUGGCUACCAAACAGCAACUUUAUUUCUCAGAAAUAAAAAUUCUGUUGCCUUAUACCUGGACAGUUAAUUCCAGCUUGUUUCAAAGAUCAACAACUCAAUCUUAUGCAAAGGCAGAUGUGAUCAUUGCUGCACCUUAUCUGAAACAUCGAGAUGCUCCGUACACCCUGCAACCUCGUGGUUGUGGCGAGAAGGGUCGCUACAUUCACUUCACCCCAAACUUCAUGCUAAACGACACCCUGGCUUCAGCUUAUGGCUCAAGAGGGCAAGCAUUCGUUCAUGAAUGGGCCCAUCUUCGAUGGGGAGUAUUUGAUGAAUAUGAUGAUUUGACGCCUUUUUAUAUAACUAGUGAUGGUACUGUUGAUGCAACAAGAUGCUCGAAAGAAAUAAGAGGGAAGAUAGCUGAUUGUACGGGCACUUCCUGUACACCUUGCAACAUAGAUCCCAACACUAGGCUGCCUAAAGGCAAUUGUCAAUUCUUCCCAGAGAUGGAUCAGAGUUCAUCAUCUUCGAUAAUGUACGUGCAGGGUCUGACAAAUGCGGAUAAAUUUUGUGAUGACAAGACUCACAAUGCUGAAGUGCCCAACUCACAGAACAGAAUAUGCAAUUACAGGAGCAUUUGGGAUAUGAUCAGCAAGUCGGAGGAUUUCAAAAACAGUUCCUCACCCCACACUGGAUCCGUCAUCCCAACGUUCACGUUUCUUCAGGCCAAGCACCGUGUUGUUUGCUUAGUCCUUGAUGUCUCAGCAAGCAUGGGGUUGGAGAAUCGUAUAAAUAAGCUCCAACAAGCAGCCAAAGUAUUCUUACUCCAGAUCAUUGAAGAUGGCUCGCACGUCGGAAUAGUUAGUUUUCAUUCUGCUGCAUUUACUGACUCAAAGCUGAAAUUAAUUGAUGGUGAUGAUGCCAGGAAUGAACUUGUACAACUGCUGCCCACAACAGCCAGUGGGGGAAGAAAUAUCUGCAUAGGAGUUAGGUCUGGAUUUGCGGUACUUCGUGCAGAUGAUGGUUCUACAAGUGGUGAUGAAAUCAUAUUGGUGGUUCUUGGUGAGGACAAUGGAAUAAACGGUUGCUUUGCAGAGGUGGAGCAAAGUGGAGCCAUAAUCCACACCAUAGCAAUAGGGCAAAAUGCGACUGAAGAACUAGAGCAGCUCUCCAUUAUGACAGGAGGUUUACAGUUUGCAGCAGCUGAUAAUUUGGAUUCAAAUGGAUUAAUUGAUGCAUUCAGUGCAUUGGUCGCAACAAACGGUGACAUUAAUCAUCAGCCAAUCCAGCUUGAAAGUUCAGGAACAAGGAUCGACAACGGCACAUGGAUGAAUGGCACGGUUGUUUUUGAUAAGACUGUUGGAAAUGACACCAUGUUUGUGGUUACUUGGGAUGCUCAGACUCCUAUUGUGAUUGUACGUAACCCUAGUGGAAAAACAUACAACCACGAUGACUUCAGGAUAAAUCAAACAGAACACACAGCCCAUCUUAAGAUUCAAGGCACUGCACAGACUGGAAAUUGGAUCUACAACAUCCUGAAUCAUGGAAUCAAACAGUUUGUAACAACCUCUGUUACAUCACGAGCAGCAGACGCAGAAAUUCCCCCAGUGAAUGUCAAUGUAUACAUGAACAAAAAAGACAUCAUGAGCCCAAUCAUUAUCUACGUGGAGGUUACUCAUGGAUUUCUACCAGUCCUGCAUGCCAAUGUGACAGCUAUUAUUGAACGUCCCAGUGGUCCUCCGAUUAAACAGAAGCUUUAUGACGAUGGCUUAGGUGCUGAUGUGAACAGCGAUGAUGGUAUUUACUCCAAGUAUUUCCUCAUGUUAAAUGGAGCUGGAAGAUAUAGUGUUAAUGUGCAUGUACAGGGAGAGGAAAGGAUCGCACAAGUGGCACUCAGAAGAGGAGGGCAUGCUCCACAGUACACAAAAAAUGGAAAUAUCCAAACACAUUCAGCAAAUCUUCCAAACAAGGAGGGUCUUGUGGCUCAAUUAGGAGGCUUCCAAAGGGUCAAAUCAGGAGGAACAAUUUUAGUCCCCUCAGAAGCACUCAGUAUUGACUUCAGACCAUGUAAAAUCACAGAUCUUCAAGCAACAAUAGUUAAAAAUAGAAUUAAGCUGGAAUGGACAGCGCCAGGAGGAGACUAUGAUCAAGGCAAAGCUUCGCACUAUGAAAUGAGGAUGAGUGACAACCUGCUGCAACUUCGAGACAACUUCUUCAAUGUUAAUCUGGUUAAUUUGACCAGUAUGAAACCACGAUCAUUUGGUUCCAGAGAAACAGCCACAAUUGUUCUCGAACAUAGAGAACUGCAAAACGGGGCAACUCUGUAUUUUGCUGUCCGUGCAUAUGAUGAAAAUCAGCGGGUUUCUGAAAUGUCAAAUGUGGCCAAAGCUUCUGUCUUUGUACCUUUAAUUGAGCACCCAAAUGAUGUUAACAUAUCAGUGAUAGUUUCAAUUGUAACCAUUGCUAUAUUUAUUGUAUGCUUGAUUAUUUUGAUCACAAAUUGUGUUCUGAAUAGUGUUAGCCAAAAGAGAAUUUUGGCAGAUGAAGAGUAAUAAAUUAAAAUCUAACGCAAAAGUUAACAGACCUAAUUAAAGAGAUUUAAAAUGGUAAUAAAACCAAAUUAUACACCAAUGGGUUUGGAGGGGAAGGUUCAAAGGCAGUUUUCUUGCUAUUUGUUGUAACUUCAGUACUUUACCCAUGCAUAUCCUAGGACGAUGUUAUAAGAUGUACUUAAAUACUUUCUAGGUUUCAUUGACUUUAGAGUUAUAACAUAAUUUAACACGGAAUCAGGCCAUUUGAUCCAACUCUUCCAUGCCAACCACAAUGUUCCUCUACGCUACGCUAUUCCCAUUUGCUUGCAUAUCCCUCUCAUCUUACCUAUCCGUGUGCCUGUCCAAAUGUUGAUAUAGUACCUGCCUCAGCCUCAUCCUCAUUCCAUAUGUGUAUUUUUUACAAUACUGGAGAGAUUUUAGCACAGAACAUUAAAAAUGUAAUAUCUUCACUGUUUCAAGUAGUAUGGUAUUAAUUUUUUCAAGGAUUGUUACUCAAUUGUGCAAGAGAUAGUAGAUAAAGUCAUUAGGAAUAAAAUUAAUUCCCUGAUUCAACCAGUUUAUAACUCAAAAAUAUUAAUUUUUAGGACACCAAAAAUGUGACAUGCUUUGACACAAUGAAAUAAAGAGGCAAUUUCUGCAUUAAUUUCAUUAUAAUUCAAAACAUUUUCAA